CAGACGCUCGCUGCUCAGCGCUCAUACAUUGGAAAUUGUUGGGCUGCUGAGAAGUUGGGGCUGUUUUCGGUUGUGCGCUCCUACAAGAGACGUACAUGCGUUUUUUCAUUUGAACAGCUGGACCCGUCAUACGUCUUUUGGCUGGAUUAUUCAAAAACUGAGAUUUCCCCCUUCUUUUUUCUUAUCUGUGCGAGAAAAGAAGAAUAAAAUGGGAUCCCAGGCGUCCAAGGGAGGAGUAGCUGUCGAUGGACAGGCUGCUGGUGCUGAUCCUGCUGCAGCCAAGACCAACGGGCAGGAGAACGGCCACGUCAAGACAAACGGGGACGCCAAAGCCAGCGGCGACACUGCUGCUGCCAACGGCUCAGCUGAGGCGGGGAAGGAGCCUGAGACCGCCGACGCCAUAGAACCAGCGCCCCCUGCUGAGGGCGAGGGUGCCAAGCAGGAAGGCGAGGGCGCCAAGGAAACGGCCAAGAAGAAGAAGAAGAAGUUCUCUCUGAAGAACUCCUUCAAGUUCAAGGGGAUCUCCCUGAAGAAGACCAAGCGAGCCAAAGAGGAGGUGGCCUCCCCGUCGGCGGAAGAGAAGCCGGAGGCCGCCGAGGAGAAGAAGGAAGAGACGGCGGGCGAAGCCGCCGCUCCGACCGAGGAGCCCAAGGCCGAGGAAGCCGCCGUGGAGGAGACCCCCGCUGAGGCGGAGGAGAAGCCCAGCGACGAGCCUGUCAAGGCAGAAGAGGGCGCCACUGAGGCCACGAAGCCGGCGGAGGAUGCCAGCUCAACACCGGCACCCUCUGAGAAGCGGGAGGAGUGAUCACGCCAGAAAACACUGGACUGUUUUUCAAAGGAAAAAUAUAUAUUUAUAUAUGUGUAUGUAUAUGUGUGUAUAUAUAUGUAUAUACGCAUGUAUAUAUACGUGUGUAUAUAUAUAUAUAUAUAUAUAUAUAUAUUUAGAGUGUGUGAGAGACACUUGCUCGGCAGAUAUGCUAGAAAUGGAAAAAAGAUACUAUUAUCCGUGCAUUUCCCUCAUGUAGAAUGUCACCAUUCCACUGUUUGGGGUGGACCGGGGAGCAUUUCAUGUGAAUCGUAGGGUUGUGGAUGGGGUGAGAGUGUCGCUCUUCUCAGUUUUUAGCAGAGACGUCUGUUGCCGUGCUGUGCUGUUUUUUGUUUUCUCGCAUCUUGGGGAUCGGAGCACGGACAACGGCCGAGGGGCAGGGCUGGCUUUCCAAGAUUGAUAUGCGGAGCGAGAUACAGGUCAUAUUCCGACUCACUGUAUUCCUAUAUUUUACCCUAUUUCAAAUAUUCUGUGAUGUAUAAAAGAACUGACAAAACAUUUUAAAGAUUAAAAGUCUGUAUUCCUAUAUUUUACCCUAUUUCAAGUAUUCUGUGAUGUAUAAAGGAACUGAUAAAACAUUUUAAAGAUUAAAUGAAGUCUUGGGCUUUUUGUUGGUUUACGAUGUAUUUUAAUUUCUUUCUUGCCUAAAGCAGAUCUGAGAGUGAUGUUCCCAUAAUCACAUUUCCAAGAGGGCGGAGUUUCCAUGUGUAAAAUGCAAGCUUUUACCUGCUUGUUAUCCGUCUGUGUAAAUACGUUUGACCAGAUUUCGUUCAUUUAUUUCGCUAACAUUUAAAGAUGUCGGUGGUUUUAUUGUAAAGUUGAUGAGGGUCAAUAAAUGUGUGAUCCCAAAA